AUGAAAGACGGUACGGAAAAAAAUGGGAAAAUGAUGAAGAAAAAUUAUAAAUUUAAAAAAGAAUUCACACAAAAUAUACCAGAUAGUAAUGAAAGAAAUGAAAAUUUUAAUAAAUUAAAUAAACAACAUUCGGGAAAAUGGUAUGAUGAACUAAAAAAUAUUGAUAAAGGUGAAUCUGAGACUUUGCCUCCUGAACAAAUUUCAAGUCUUAAAAGUCAAGCUAGUUCAGUAUUUAAUAAUGCAGUUAUUUUGAAUAAAUCAAAACCUCCGAAAUCCCUCAGUUAUUCAGAUUACAGAUGGGUUCAAACAGUGAUGUCUAAAGGUACCAAAACUGAUAAGGUUGCUGCAUAUACUCUCUUAAUUCAAGAUUCUCCUUUGUAUAAUUUGAGUCUCCUUAAAAUUAUGGUGGAAAUGGUCAAGGCUGGAAAAAAUAAAGAAUGUUUUAUGGCAAUAGACACUCUGUGCGAAUUGUUUUUAAGCGAUCUUUUACCUCCUUAUAGAAAAUUAAAAACAUUUAAUCAACAACCACUUUCAAAACUAGAAGAAUUAUCAUCUGGAAACACAGUUACCAGAAAUAAAUAUUUAACAUUGUGGUAUUUUGAAGACCAAUUAAAAUCAGUUUAUAAUGACUUUAUAUCUAUGCUUACAAAACUUGCUUUUGACACAGUAGAAGCCAACAAACAAAAAGUUAUAACAACCAUGUAUAAACUAUUGGAAGGAAAUCCCGAAAUGGAAAACGUCCUUCUUAAUAAUAUUGUUAACAAAUUGGGUGAUCCGAGUAAAAAAGUAGGAUCAAAAGUUAUAUAUGUUUUAAUGAAAUUAUUGCAAAGUCAUCCGAAUAUGAGAGGAGUUGUAGCUGAUGCUGUUGAAAAAGUUAUAUUUAGAAAAAAUAUAAGUAGCAGAGCUCAAUAUUACAGCGUUUGUUUUUUGUCACAAUUUCGAUUAUUCAAAGGAGAAAAUGAAAUAGCUAAAAAAUUAAUAUCAAUAUAUUUAUCACUUUUUAAAGCUUGCACAAAAACGGGUGACAUCGAUUCGAGAAUGAUGAAUGCAUUGUUGGUCGGAGUUAAUAAAGUAUUUCCAUACAUGAAAGAUGAUGUUAGCAUUAUGCAAGAACAUGUAAACACAUUGUAUAAAAUUAUUCACCUUAGUCAAUCCAAUAUUGCAAUACAAUGCCUUUCCAUAAUUUACCUUAUAUCUCGUUAUUCAAACAGUUGUGAGGAUAGAUUUUAUUCAAUUUUAUAUAAGAAAAUAGGUGAAAUUGAAAUGUUUCAAUCAACUCAUCAUGCCAUGUUUAUUAAUUUAAUUUUUAAAGCUGUUAAAAAUGAUAAAGAAAUCCCUAGGAUAUGUGCUUUUAUCAAAAGACUUUUCCAGAUUUGUACAUAUAUUCCAACAUCAAUGGCUUGCGGCAUAUUAAUUUUAGUCUCACAAAUUUUAAAACUUAAAGGAAAUAUUUUACUACAAGAAUCAUCUUCAGAAAAUUGUCCCAUUAAAUUAGAAGAAGAAAGUGAUGACGAGGACGAAAAAUAUAAUGACGUCACGGAGGAAAAGGUCAAAGAAGAAAAGGAAAAAUUUACAAAAACUUUAUUCAAUGUUCAAACUCCUGGAGUUCUCAAAACGUGGACGAAUCCGGAUAAAUCGGGAUUAAUGAAAUUUAACCCGGGUGAUGUUCAAGAAUAUAAUCCCCUUGUGAGAAAUCCACUUUAUGCGGGUGCACAUAAAUGUCUGUGUCACGAAUUGUUUGAAUUGUGUCAACAUUUUCAUCCGACGGUUUCACUUUUUGCACAAAAAAUAAUUAAUGGUGAAACGAUUUCUUACUCUGGAGAUCCACUUUUAGAUUUUACACUCAUACGAUUUUUAGAUAAAUUUUCUUUCAAAAAUCCAAAAGCUAUCAAAGAGGAGGAAGAUGGCGUGCGCAAAUCAUUUUUACCAUUUAAUAAAAAAAAACAUUAUGUUUCAAGUCCGGUCCGACGAUUGAGAGCCAACACCGUUCAAUAUUUGAGAUUAAACGAAAGUAGUAUACCAGCAGACGAAAUAUUUUUAUACAGAAGAUUUGAUGAUGGAUCCGAAGAUGGUUCUUUGGCUGAAGAUUUCGACGGAGAUGAAAUUGAUGAUUUUACGGAUGAAGGAGAAGAAUUUCAAGGAAGCGAAUUAGAUGAGGAUGAAGCUGAAUUAUUGUCGAGCGGUUUCAAACUUCCCAAAUUACCACAGAAGAAAGCAUCCUCCAAGGUUAACAAAAAGAAAAGCAAAGAUGAUUUCAAAAAUUUAUUUGCAUCAGCUGAAGAAUUUGCUGAGAUUCUCGAAGAAGGGGAUAACGAUGGAGGAUCACACGCAGUCAGCAAUAAAGAUCGUGCAGGUGUAAAACAAUUGAAAUGGGAAAAUGAAAGGGAUAAUUGGAUCAACAAAAAAGAUUAUAGGAAAAAAGGUUUUAAAAAAUCGUAUCCGCCGAAAAAAAGGAAAAAUUCUUCCUCUAAUUCUAAUUUUAUAAAAAAAAAGAAAUUUUAA